AUGGCUCAAGGAACAAUGAAAUCAUUCAAAGUAUGGACAAGAUGGCGACCUCUCAGGCCAUUCGAAUCUCAAGGGGAGAUUACUCGUAAAUCUGACCAGCAUCCCGAUAAUCACCAAUCUCGCAUCGCGGUCGUCGCGUCUUCCCAAGCUCAAGGUCUUUCAAGCCGUGAACGGUCCUGGAAGAGCGGCUUCUCGUUCGAUGGCAUCAUUGAGCCCAAUGAGAGGAAUGACAUGGUAUACGAUCGCAUCGUUGCACCAAUCAUUCCAGAGGUGCUCCAGGGCAAAUGCUGCAAUUUUUUUGCCUAUGGGAAUUCCGGUAGCGGCAAAACACAUAACAUGAUCGGAUACGAAUUUGAACAUGAUGACGGAUUUGGCCUUUGCUUAGCAUCCGCUCGUCAACUUGCCUCCAAGCUUGAUGAAAUCAACACACGAGACAGCAACUACCGAUUCGGUAUUGGUCUUCGCGCAACAGCCGCCUUCGAUCUUCUCAAUAAUCGAAACGAAUGCUUCGUCCGCGAGGGCCCAGAUCGAAAGGUUCAUAUUCGCGGGCAAAUGGAAAUGCUAGCGAAUGGGCAAGUCAGAGUCCGACCAAUUGCUACCAGGGCAUGCUGGAGCUUCGAAGACCUAAAGCGGGGGCUGAAGGUGGGCCUGAAGCACCGCAAUACUGCGACGUCAACUGUCCACGACCAAAGUUCGCGGGCUCAUGCGAUUGUCGAGAUGGAGAUCAUCACCAAAGAUUUUAUUGAUGCGCGUGAUACAGUGGUAAAGCGACAAUCGGAACUCGUUCCUGUUGGGAAACAUACGGCUGAUGUGUAUAUCGUGGAAAAUUCUCGCGCAAUCAUCCUGUCUGAUGAUGGGAAAUACAUCCCAAAUCCCGAUUAUCAAUUAAACCAGGAGCGCGUUGAUGCUGCGGAGGCACAGAAGGCCAAGUUCGAAGCCCGCGUGAAGGAGGCAGAAGGGCAUGAGUUUGAGAUUUUCACGGAGAUUGCUCGCACACAUGAAUGCAUCGGUGGGAAGAUAGUUUUUGUGGACUUAGCCGGUGCCGAAUUUCUGUCACAUUCAGCUGGAACUGGGCCCAAGCAGUCUGCUCAAGAAAAGCAGCAAGGGAAGCAAAUUAACACAGAUCUUCUCGCCCUGAAGGAAGUCAUUCGAGCCAGGUCACUUGCUCAGCCGCGAAUUCCGUACCGGUCCUCGCCAUUGACGAUGGUGCUGCGCGAGCAUUUUGAGGCAUCGAAUGAUGCUCACUCAUCCAUGAUAUUGACAGUAUCACCCGGUGCUGAUCAAUAUGCGGCAACGAUGAACACAUUGAAGUAUGGGGAUCUAGUUGGCUCCGCAAAUAUGCAUAGAUAA